CAUUCAUCCUGGGUUGCCGAAGCACAGGCGGGAGUGUACAGCGCUGUGUCGUCAGGUCCUCACCAUGGAGCUAGCUCACAGUCUGCUGCUCAAUGAAGAAGCCCUGGCCCAGAUCACUGAAGCAAAGAGGCCUGUCUUCAUCUUCGAAUGGCUUCGCUUCUUGGAUAAAGUGCUUGUGGCGGCAAAUAGGGUGGAUGUGAAGGAGAAGCAGAAGAAGCUGGUGGAACAGCUGACGGGGUUGAUCAGCAGCGCUCCAGGUCCGCCGACAAGAAAACUACUGUCCAAAAAUCUCGCCACCCUCUACAGCAUCGGCGACACGUUCACUGUUUUCCAGACUUUGGAUAAAUGCAAUGAAAUCAUUAAAAGCAAAGAUGACACACCCGCAUACUUGCCAACAAAACUUGCUGCAGUGGCAUGUGUUGGAGCUUUUUAUGAGAAGAUGGGGAGGAUGCUGGGAAGCUCCUUUCCAGACACAAUUAAUAAUCUUUUGAAGGCAUUAAAGAGUGCAGAGUCCCAAGGCAGAGCAGAGAUCCUCUUGAGCCUGCAGAAGGUGCUCAAUGGGCUGGGUGGGGCUGCAACUUCAUGUCACAGAGACAUCUACAAGAAUGCCCGCUCUCUACUCACAGACAGGUCCAUGGCAGUACGCUGUAUGAUAGCAAAGUGCCUUCUGGAGCUGCAGAAUGAGGCAGUCUUCAUGUGGACCACAGAACUGGAGAAUGUGGCCACGUUGUGUUUCAAGGCCCUGGAAGGAUCAAACUAUGGCGUCCGGGUCGCAGUGGCUAAACUGCUGGGGACAGUCAUGGCUACUGCAUUGUUGCCCAAACACGCAGCUGUGAUGCGACAGAAUGUGAAGCGAGCCACUCUUGAGGAGGUGCUGGAACUCAUGGCCACUGGAUUUCUGCGUGGUGGAUCUGGCUUCCUGAAGAGCGGCGGAGAGAUGUUGAAGGGGGGAGGCUCUGUCAGCAGGGAGGUGCGGGUGGGCAUCACACAGGCCUACGUUGUGUUUGUGACCACACUUGGUGGCCAGUGGCUGGAGCGUAACUUUGCCACAUUCCUGUCCCAUGUCUUGGACCUAGUGUCCCACCCGCGGGCCACGCAGACACACGUGGAGGCGGUGUACUCACGCCGCUGUGUCUCCUUCAUGCUUCAUGCCACCCUGGGAGGUUUACUUGGAGAGAAGGCACAAAUUGCAGCUGGCAAAGAAAUCUGCCAAGCCAUCAGCAAGCAAAUGAGGGCUGUGGAAGCCGUUGUGAAUGACAUCAGUGGAGAGAACAAGUCUGGGGCAGCCGACGUCUCUGCCAGCCAGCAUGUUAUGGUGUGUGCCCUGAAAGAACUUGGCAGUCUAGUCCAAAGCUUGAGUGCCACAGCUUCACCGCUCAUCCAGGAGCCUUCUAUAGGACUUCUUGAGACUGUGACGUCAGUGCUGCUGCACCCAAGCAUGGCAGCUCGUUUGGCGGCUGCUUGGUGCCUACGCUGUGUUGCCGUGGCUCUACCAUAUCAGUUGACCCCACUGCUGGACCGCUGCGCGGAGAGAAUCAACAACUUGAAGAAUUCCCCUGAAGCUGUGAGCGGCUACAGCUUUGCGAUGGCUGCCCUGCUGGGAGGCAUACACCAGUGUCCACUGGGUAUCCCCCACUCCAAGGGCAAGUUGGUUGUGAGCAUAGCUGAAGAUCUAUUGCGAACAGCUGCUCAGAACAGUCGACUGUCCCUGCAGCGUACACAGGCUGGAUGGCUUCUGUUAGGGGCCCUCAUGACUCUCGGUCCCUCCCUUGUUCGCUAUCACCUCCCUAAGAUGCUGCUGCUGUGGAGGAAUGUGUUUCCUCGCUCCCAGAAGGAGCUGGAGGCAGAAAAGGUCAGGGGAGACUCCUUCAGCUGGCAGGUCACCCUGGAGGGCCGAGCUGGAGCUCUUUGUGCAAUGCGUAGCUUUGUGGCCCACUGUCCCGAGCUGCUUACAGAAGAUGUGAUCCGGAGACUGAUGACGCCUAUUGAAUGUGCGAUGACCAUGAUGUCUCAUGUCCCUGCCAUCAUUAAGGUCCAUGGUGCUCAUCUGAAAGCAAGCGCAGCAAUGGUGAGGCUCAGGUUGUAUGACAUCCUGGCUCUAUUGCCUCCUAAGACCUAUGAAGGCAGUUUCAAUGCCCUCCUGAGGGAGCUGGUAGCUGAGUUCACUUUGACUGACAACUCGGCCAACACCACCACCUCUUUGCUGCGCUCUCUCUGUCACUAUGACGACAGUGUGCUCAUGGGCUCCUGGCUACAAGAGACUGACCACAAGUCCAUCGAGGAUCAGCUGCAGCCCAACAGUGCGUCUGGCAGCGGGGCUCUGGAACAUGAUCCCUCCUCCAUCUACCUGCGUAUCCCUGUAGGCGAGGCCAUCCCAGGACCUCUUCCUCUGGGUGUGUCUGUCAUCGAUGCCUCCGUGGCUCUGUUUGGUGUGGUUUUCCCCCACGUCUCCUUCAAACACAGGCUGCAGAUGCUAGACCACUUUGCAGAGUGUAUAAAGCAGGCUAAAGGUAUUCGACAGCAGGCAGUCCAACUGAACAUCUUUACUGCAGUCCUUAGUGCCCUCAAGGGUUUGGCCGAGAACAAGAGUACUCUGGGACCCGAGGAGGUGCGCAAAUCAGCGCUGGCACUGGUAAUGGGAGCUAUGGACAAUCCUAACCCCAUUCUGCGCUGUGCUGCCGGAGAGGCCCUGGGCAGGAUGGCUCAGGUGGUGGGAGAGGCUACAUUCAUCGCCAGAAUGGCACAGACCAGCUUUGACAAAUUGAAGUCGGCCCGGGAUGUAGUCUCAAGGACAGGCCAUUCACUGGCUCUUGGCUGUCUGCAUCGAUAUGUUGGAGGAAUUGGCUCAGGCCAGCACUUAAAGACCAGUGUCAGUAUCCUAUUGGCUUUGGCCCAGGAUGGGUCGUCUCAUGAGGUCCAGACAUGGGCUCUACACUCUCUGGCUCUGAUCGUCGACUCCAGUGGUCCCAUGUACAGAGGCUACGUGGAACCCACUCUGUCCCUGGUGCUCACCCUGCUCCUCACCGUGCCGCCAUCUCACACAGAGGUGCAUCAGUGUUUGGGCCGCUGUCUGGGAGCUCUCAUCACCACUGUUGGACCCGAACUACAGGGAAAUGGAGCCACUAUUUCGACCAUCCGCUCAUCCUGCCUGGUUGGUUGUGCCAUAAUGCAGGACCACUCUGACUCCCUAGUGCAGGCGGCUGCUAUCUCGUGUCUGCAGCAGCUGCACAUGUUCGCUCCUCGCCAUGUCAACCUGUCCAGCCUGGUGCCCUGUCUCUGUGUGCACCUAUGCAGCUCUCACCUGUUGCUGCGUCGUGCUGCUGUGGCCUGCCUGAGACAGCUUGCCCAGCGAGAGGCAGCAGAGGUCUGCGAGUAUGCAAUGAACCUUGCAAGGAGAGCAGGCGACAGCAAAGACAGUAGGAUCAAGCUGAACAUCACAGAGACCGGUCUGGAGGGUGUUCUGUUUGGCAUGCUGGAUCGUGAGACCGACAGGAAGCUGUGUUCUGAUAUCCAUGAUACACUAGGCCACAUGCUGUCAUCUCUUGCUGUGGAGAAGCUUUCUCAUUGGCUGAAACUCUGUAAGGAUGUCCUGGCAGCAACUACAGAAGUAGCUGUAGUGGUUACAUUCGAGGUGGAAAAGGAUGAGGAGGACUCAGAGAAAAAGGACGAGAUGGACGAUGACACCAUGUUCACAGGCCUGGGCGAAGAUGACAAGUCCAAGCCCUCUGUGGCUCCACGCUGGGUGACGCGGGUCUUUGCUGCAGACUGCUUGUGCCGCAUCAUCCUGCUGUGUGAGAAUGCAGACAAAGCGCAUUUCGACCUGGCAACUGCCCGCUCUGCAAAAGCCAAGAACCCCAAAGGAGAUCUGUUGGUUCUCCAUUUGUCUGACCUCAUCCGCAUGGCCUUCAUGGCAGCAACGGACCACAGUAACCAGCUUAGAAUGGCUGGCCUGCAGGCCUUGGAGGACAUCAUUAAAAAGUUUGCAUCAGUACCGGAGCCAGAGUUCCCAGGGCACGUUAUCCUGGAACAAUACCAGGCCAAUGUCGGAGCUGCCCUCAGACCUGCAUUUUCACCUGACACACCGUCUGAUAUAACAGCUAAGGCAUGCCAGGUGUGUAGCGCAUGGAUUGGAAGUGGUGUGGUAAGUGACCUUAAUGACCUUCGGCGAGUCCACAACCUGCUCGUGUCAUCGCUUGACAAGGUACAGGCUGGGAAGGGCUCAUCCAGUCAGCUGUACAGUGAAAGUGCCACCACCAUGGAGAAACUGGCUGUGCUGAAGGCGUGGGCUGAGGUGUAUGUGGUGGCGAUGAAGAUCAAAAAAGAGGCGGAGUCUAAGCCUGCCAAGCCGGUGCGAAGUGUAGAGGAUGACGAGGAUGAUGAGGAUGUGGGUGCAAACGUUCUUCCGCCCGACAGUCUCAUCAUCUUGGUGCAGCCAGAGCUGCCGUCGCUGAGCCGCCUGUGGCUGGCCAUGCUGCGAGACUACGCUCUGCUCACCCUGCCUGCCGAGUUCUCCAGUCAGCUGCCCCCUGACGGUGGAGCAUUUUAUACACCCGAGACUAUAGACACAGCAAGGGUCCACUACCGCAGCUCUUGGGCCCCGGUCCUGCAUGCUGUGGCCCUUUGGCUGAGCAGCACUGGGUUUGGAGCUGGUGAAGAGAAAGAAGAAGCCCCUUCAGCUCCUUACAAGACUCCUAACUUCCCUCAAGACGCCCUCUCCGCUACAAAGACCUUUGAGGAGUCCGUCAAUGACAAGAUGCAUCUAAUGUUGGGUGUCAGUAUAGAGUUUCUUUGCUUUCCCCGGCCUGAGGAGCCCAUUGAGCAUGUGACGUCUUGUCUCUGGGCACUUUGCACUCUGCUAGAAUCUCCUUGUGCUAAGACCCACAUCGCUGAGGAUCAGCUACUGGCAGUGGAGCUCCUCAACGUGCUCCACAGGUUGCUGUUGACCCGGGACCCUCUAGCCAUCCAGCUGCAGGUCACUGCCGUUGUACAGGAGACCAUCAGGGCUGCACAGGACCACCUGCAGAGACAGAAGAACAGCAAAGGCAAAGAGGAAGAAGGCGAGAAAGACUCUCAGCCGGGCCUUGGAGAAGGAGGAGACACAGGGGAGCUCGUCCCCGGCAAGUCUUUAGUGUUUGCGGCAAUGGAGCUGCUCGUGUUCAUCCUGGUCCGCCACUUACCACAGCUUAAUACACGUGUGAGGGAGUCGCCCAGCCACGCGCCACUCAGACCUCAGCGGCUACCCGAAGAAAGUGCACGCCUUGUGGCCAACACAGUCGCCAUCUUGGCAGAACUGCCCUCACUCUGCUCUCCUGCUGGAAGCAUGACUAUCUUACCUACAGUGCUCUUUCUAAUCACUGGGGUGCUGAGGGAAACUGCUGUUAAGACUUCUGACAGUUCGGUUCCUGUGACCGUGUCAGCUGCCCUGCAGGGCAUCAAGACCAUCAUCACCUCGCCACUGGCCCAGGCAGAGAGUAUUCAGACACAGUGGCCCUGCCUUGUGAGGAGCAGCUUGGCAUCUGUGCUCGAGUCCUCACAGCCAGAUGAGUCCAGACCUGACAUGGAUGAGAUCAGUAUGUUGACAGCAAUUACCCUCUUCCUGCUGUCUGCCAGCGGUGAACUUGUAGGAGUGACAGUCCUGCAGAAGGGCUGCAUGGAGAGCUUCCGAAAUGGCCUGAACUCAAGUGAUCCAGGGGUUCAAGCCCGGUGUUACCAGCUGCUCUUGUCAGUGUUCCAGCACUCCAGCCGCGCCCUGUCUACACCGUACAUUCAUGCUCUGGCUCCACUCAUGGUGGAGAAGCUGAAGGCAGUGGAGCGCAGUCGGCCGGGGACUGUUGCCGAGCUGCAUGCCGUGCAGGAGGGCAUCAGGGUCCUGGAGAAUCUGGUUAGCAUGGGUGAAGAGCAGAACCGUGUGCAGUUGCUGGCUCUUCUUGUGCCAACUCUCAUCUCCUAUCUUCUGGAUGAUAACGCAAUCUCCUCUGAGACCCAAAUCUCCAGAGGCCUGCAUGAGUUUGCCCUUCAGAACCUAAUGCGGAUUGGACCCCUCUAUCCAGCUGCAUUCAAGAUAGUUAUUGGUGCAGCACCUGAGCUUAAAAGUCGUCUGGAAUCUGCUAUACGCGCCAACCAGGCCAGCAACAAAGCCAAAGCUGCAGCCAGACUAGCGCAGCCAGCUGUGCAGGCUGCACCAACCAUCAAACUAAAGACGAGCUUCUUCUGAACAACCCUGAGAACGCACUGCGCACUCCCACAGCCUAAUUUUAUUUUGUCGUCUUUGAUUUAUUUACUGUGUUUUCUGUCAACAGAGUACCACAUGUCUGUAACUACAUUUUCUUAAAUGUAUUUAUUUAUCCCAUCUUUGUUUUUGAUGAGUGGGAACUCUUUUUGAAGUCAAGAAGGCAAUUGUAUAAAUAUCAUUAAAAAGCCUUUGAAUGUUCAUUUAAAAAAAAAUCACUUUAAAAUCUGAAGGAAAUAUUGAUUGUGUGAAUGAAUGUUACAUCUCUGGACUUGAGGCCCAUUAUUAAAGGGACACACUUUUUUAUUAGUUUUUUCCCCCCCUGAUCUUAUUUUUAUCUGGACAUCAUCUCUCAUUGUCCAGAUGUUUACUGUGCUAUUUCUCAAUGCGACCUUUCCUCACCAUGAGCAUGGCAGAUAUUUAAUUCUACUCAUGUGUUUCUUUAAUGGCACUGGUUUAGUUUACGAUCUCAGGAUCUGCUGAUUGUUACCAAUCCGUUUUUUUUAUCCUUCUUUCUUUUGGUCUGAAUCGGUGCUUUACUCUUAAACGAUGUUAACAUUCCUACCACGUAUUCUUAAAUGGUAACAUAUUAAAAUUUUUAGAUUUUGAAUUGUUUUUAGUAAGAAAUUGCUAUUCUCCUAGAGAUAAUGAUAAUGGCUCUGCUGUUUAUUGGAGGAAUGUUGCGUUUAAUUGUAGCACUACAUAUCAUAUUUAUUAUUUUUUUGGGGGGGCUUUUAGAUUUCAAUGAAGUCCACACAUAAUUUCAAAAGCAGUCUUAUGUAUGUGUGACAGCCACAUGAACACAUUGGUGGACUUGUUGAAAAUGCCCUUUGUAAUAUUGCGCUGUCAUUUCUUUGAAAUGUGAAUAAAGUUGCUUUGACCUCA